AACCGUUCAAGGUCGCCUUUCUGAGAGCAACUUUUGUUCGUACAAUGAAACGUCUUCAGGACGUCAAUGUAUCGCAUGAACACUUAUAGCAACUGACAGAUUUUAACCAGAAUGAACAAAAUUAUUGGUUGUGUGGGACAUCUCCGUGACACACUCCACACAUUUCGUAGGUGCAGCAUGACGGCAGACGAAGUAUACAUUAAAUCAAUCCUAAACAGCUUAAAUCAAAAACGUGUUGCACCGCCCUCACGCCAUGAAACAAACACCUGGGAAAGUAUUCAUGAAAUUGACGAAAAACCACAAAAGCAUAGCACUUACAAAACACAAAAAACUUAUAUGACCCGCUGGAAUCCGGUCAAAUCUGCACAGGUGUCAGUGCGCAAUGUGUCACCUCCCCUUAAAAGUUCUGUUAGUUCUACUGCUGCACCACUAACUUCAGAAAAUAUGAACGGAGAAUGCGAACACUCACUUCAGGUGAUUGAAAAGCUACCACCAAAAAAUAUAAAAUCGUACUUAAGCGUGAACCAGACGCCAGCAGAAAGCGUCAUUUUAUUGCGUCAGUGGUUUAAAGAACUGGAAUUAAAUGAGCUGGUUCGCGUCCUUCCAUCUUCGUCAAAUCUCGCUGCCUAUGUCCCGAAAUGUUUCACCCUAUCACAACUCGUGAAACUCGGGGUUGAUAUAUCUAAAAUUGAAGAGAUGCCGGGAGUUGCCAAUAUGUUAGUGAAACUUGAUUUCCACACUGAUGUUGAACCUAUAUUAUGGCAGCUUGCAGACUUCGGAUUCAAGCCUGAACAAAUUGCACGUAUUAUAACAGCAUUUCCCAAGAUACUAAAGCUCUCACUAGAUGAAAUCAACUCGCGAAUAUCGUAUUUUACAGAUCGACAAGUCUCACCAACCGAUGUUGUUAAAAUUAUCUGUAAACAACCUACUAUACUCAAUAAAACAUCUGUGGAUAUAGAUAAACACCUCGGUCAAAUAAAGAUGUUGUACGUGUUAAAAAAUAAGGAAAUUGUUGACCUAAUCACAACUGAAUCCAAAAUUAUUGUGCAUCCGCUACCUAAAAUUAAGGAUGUUUACGUGCUAUUAUCAAAAAUGAUGGGUUUCCCGCAACCGACUAUACAGAAAAUGAUUCUUACCAAUCCGAAACUGCUAGUAACAGAACGCGACCAUUUGUCAAAUAACUUCACUAUGAUGCAUUGGCGUCUUAACCUUCCAGUUGAUGUCAUACCUAUGUGGCCAGAAGCAUUAACUACAUCACCACAUAUACUCUAUCAAAGAUGCACAUUCCUCGUAAGGCGAAAUUUGUUCCAACCGGAUCCAGCCAAACCGUUGUACACACCCCUCAGUACCGUGGUUGCGCAAACAGAUGAAGAAUUUUGUCAAAAGUAUGGGUUUACUACAGAGAAGGAUUACGAUGAUUUUUUGCGAACUCUCUAAACAUUAUUUGUAUAUAAAUUGUGAUUUAAAUAAAUAUACUUCGCUCCAAUAUUA